AGAACGGUUGCCUCGCUCCCGGAAGUAGAGGGUCUGCACGGAGAGCGCCACUGGGUCUGGGUGGCGGGAGGCAGCAGUGCUCGCGGAGCUUGCCCGUCGGUCCCACACAGCCAUGUCGGCUUUCGACACCAACCCUUUCGCGGACCCAGUGGACGUAAAUCCUUUCCAGGAUCCAUCUGUGACCCAGUUGACCAAUGCCCCACAGGGUGGCCUGGCUGAAUUCAACCCCUUCUCAGAGACAAAUGCAGCAACAACGGUUCCAGCUGCACAGCUCCCUGGGCCUUCACAGCCAGCAGUUCUCCAGCCUUCAGUGGAACCAGCCCAGCCAACACCCCAGGCCAUAGCCUCUGCAGCCCAGGCAGGCCUGCUUCGGCAGCAGGAAGAGCUGGACAGGAAAGCUGCUGAACUGGAACGCAAGGAGCGGGAGCUGCAGAACACUGUGGCCAACUUACAUGUGAGAGAAAACAACUGGCCGCCCCUGCCCUCCUGGUGCCCUGUCAAGCCCUGCUUCUACCAGGAUUUCUCCACAGAGAUCCCUGCCGACUACCAGAGGAUAUGCAAGAUGCUCUACUAUCUCUGGAUGUUGCAUUCAGUGACUCUGUUUCUGAACCUGCUUGCCUGCCUGGCCUGGUUCACAGCUGACGCUUCGAAGGGAGUGAACUUUGGCCUCUCGAUCUUGUGGUUUCUGAUCUUCACCCCCUGUGCCUUCCUUUGUUGGUACCGGCCCAUCUAUAAGGCCUUCAGGUCGGAUAACUCUUUCAGCUUCUUCGUGUUCUUCUUUGUAUUUCUUUGUCAAAUAGGUAUCUAUAUCAUCCAGGUGGUCGGCAUCCCUGGGCUGGGGGACAGUGGUUGGAUCGCAGCCCUGUCUACACUGAAGCAAGACCCUUUGCCUGUGUCAGUCAUCAUGAUGGUGGUGGCUGGCUUCUUUACCCUAUGUACCGUGCUCUCACUCUUCCUCCUGAAGCGGGUGCACUCCUUGUACCGCCGAACAGGGGCCAGCUUUCAGCAGGCCCAGGAGGAGUUUUCCCAGGGCAUCUUCAGUAGCAGGACCUUCCGCAGCGCUGCCUCAUCUGCUGCCCAAGGAGCCUUUCAGGGGAAUUAGCCCUCCCGGGUCUCUCCUUUCUUUCUGCACCAGCCUUUUCUCUCACCUGCCUUCUGAGCUGCACUUUCCAUAGGUGCCUUAUAUGGUGGUUAUGCCCAGCACAGACCUGGCUGUUCUUUGCCAUGGCUGUUCUUUCUUUAGCAACCAGCUCUCCCU